UGUGUAUGUGCGGGGGUGGCGAUGGCCGCCACUGAGUCGCGUGUAGGUCCAGUGGCCCGGGCGGUUUUGCAGCAAUGCCUGCAUGCGAGACUACAGGUGAAGCCUGCCGAGCCGGGCUCCGAAGCCGAGUGGGUGGAGAUCCAGCGAGGACUUAUAAUCUAUGUAUGUUUCUUCAAAGGGGCCAGUGAAGAAAUUAUUCCCCAAAUGGUCAAUACGCUCAUGCAUGUGAAGUUAAGUGAAACUGAAGGUGGCAAAUAUGUAUCUGUUUUGGAUUUACCAGGCAACAUAUUAAUAAUACCUCAAGCCACACUGGGUGGUAAACUGAAGGGAAGAAGAAUGCAGUAUCAUUCCAACAUUGAAAAGGAAAUGGGGCUGGACCUCUAUUCCCAGUUUGUGAUUCAGUGUGAACAAGAACUGGCUGCUAAUACCAAGUGUGCUGAGGUUGGUACUGUUCUCAGGCAUGGUACAUAUGGAAACCGACAGGUUUUGAAAGUGGAUACAAAUGGACCUUUCACUCAUAUGAUUGAGUUCUGAGAACUAAGGGAGUUUGGAGGACAUACUGUCUGACACAUUUUGCACUGUUGUGCCAAUAGGUAACAGUAUACUUAAUUUGAUUCUAAUGUCUGAGAGCAAAGGAAGGACUUCAGUAAACUGAUACCCAGCUAAAUACAUUUAAUUAUUUAAAGUGAA